CCGGCCGGUUUCCAUUUUAGUUCUUUAGGUCUUUCGCUUCCGGUUAACCAUGCCGUUCCAGAGGUUUGUCGAAACGGGCCGUGUGGCCUAUGUUAGUGAAGGGCCACAGGAAGGCAAGCUUGUCACAAUUGUUGAUAUCAUUGAUCAAAACAGGGUCUUGAUUGAUGGACCGGCUUCAAACAUACCUCGAGGUCAGAUGCGCUUGAGUCAGUUGCAUUUGACAAAAUUCCGCCUACGUUUCCCUUACACUGGUUCAACCCGUGUCGUUCGCAAAGCAUGGGAGGCUGGCAAGAUUGAUGAAUUAUGGAGUCAAUCUAUGUGGGCCAAAAAAGUUGAGGCUAAGAAGAAGAGAGCGGCUCUGAGCGACUUUGACCGCUUCAAGCUUCGUAAGGCCAGACAGGUCAGGAACAAACUAAGGACAAACGCGUUCUUGAGGAUUAAGAAGAAGUCCAAAAAAGACGCUAAGGCCGCUACAACGGCGUCAAAGCCUGCUGCGAAGAAACCCGCAGCAAAGAAGCCGGCAAAGAAGUAAUUGUACAACUUUUCGAAAUAAAUACUAUACAAAGUA